AAUUUGUAGUACGAGUUAGCCCAAAUAAGCCUCCAAACGUUGGAAUAUCAUGGAAAAAGUAACAAAUCCCAAUAAUCCCGUUGUUUUCUUUGACGUUUCGAUUGGCAACACUGAUAUCGGAAGGAUAAAGUUUGAAUUGUUCGCUGAUGUGGUUCCCAAAACAGCAGAAAAUUUCAGACGGUUUUGCACUGGAGAGUACAGAAAGGAUGGAGUGCCCAUGGGAUUCAAAGCUUGCACAUUCCAUAGGGUGAUAAAAGAUUUCAUGGUACAAGGUGGAGAUUUCAUGAAGGGUGAUGGUACAGGUGUCUGCAGUAUUUAUGGAGGAGGACCAUUUGCUGAUGAAAAUUUUAAACUUAAACACACAGGCCCUGGAAUGCUCUCUAUGGCAAACAGUGGCAGAGACACAAACGGCUGUCAGUUCUUCAUUACUUGUGCACCAUGCGACUUUCUGGACAACAAGCAUGUUGUGUUUGGAAAAGUUAUUGAUGGACUUUUAGUUUUGAGAAAAAUUGAGAACGUUCCAACAGGACCCAACAACAAACCAAAGAUUGCAGUUGUCAUCACGCAGUGUGGGGAAAUGUGAUACCGAGGAGCAAUGCUGUGAAAAUUAUCAACAGUUGUCAGUGGCUACUUCGACAGGAAUAAUGGGAAGAAAAGGCAUGAAAGAAAUCGAAAACUGUAGACCAGUGUUACUAAAGAUGGUGAAUAAUUUGACAUGACUAUGAUUGGACCUCACCUGUUUCAACGUUUGGUCCUCUUGAAAAGAUUACUUGGCAUCAAAUUGUGUGCUGUAUAGAAGACCCAUGCAUUACACAGAAUUAACAAGACUGCUAGAUCAUGUGUGGUACCACAAUGUGUUCAAUGAUUUUUAUCAAGGACAGACUCAGAACCAGUUAUUACAAAAAUUUACAUAUAAACUCAUUUGAGUAAACAGGGAGUAUGAGCUGUCAGUUUAUUUUAUAAAAGGUCUCAACAAGUUUGUCCAUUAUUGACAUUGCAAAGUAAGGGAGAUAAUCUUGAAAAUCUGCAUUUACUUUUGAUAGGUGGCAAUAAAUACACUGUAAUUAUGGACAUAAAACAACACAUCUCAAUACCGAAUUUUUCGAGACAUUUCAGGGGAGAAUUCAUUUGCAUCUUAUUUUUUUUCUACAAAAAAUAAAUCUGGAUAUAUUACCA